GUCUAGACUAGACUAGAGAGAGAGAGAGAGAGUACGUCCGGGCACGUUAUUGUUGCAUCAGAAAUUGCAGACUGUUGACAUGUCAAGCUCGGGAGAGUUAGCCUUUGAUUAUGGCUUCUUGCUGCACACAAGUGAGGAGGCCACAGCCACCGUGGCUCUGAAUGAGUACCUGAGCUCCCGCAGCUACCUGGCUGGGUUCAGCCCCUCUCGGGUGGACCAGGAGGUCUUUGAGCUCCUGCACAGGCCCCCGGCCCCGCAGCACGUGCACGCUCUGCGCUGGUACAGGCACAUAGCAGCCCUGCAGCGGGAGACCCCCAGCCCAGAUAGCAGCAUAAAGGGAAAGAGGGUCCAGCACCCCUGGUCUGCCCCAGCCGGGUCCAACCUGCCAAAGCUGCGACUCUACAACAGCCUCACACGCACCAAGGAGCUGUUUGUUCCCCAGAAUGGAAACAAGGUGUCGUGGUACUGCUGCGGACCCACUGUCUAUGAUGCCUCUCACAUGGGACAUGCCAGAUCUUACAUAUCUUUUGAUAUCCUCCGAAGGAUUCUGAUGAACUAUUUCAAAUAUGACGUGUUCUACUGCAUGAACAUUACGGACAUAGACGACAAGAUCAUCAGGCGGGCCAGACAGAACUACCUUCUGGACCAGUACAGAGAGAAGAAGCCAGCGGCUGCCCAGGUACUGCAGGAUGUCCUUAGUGCCAGAGGGCCCUUCCAGGCCAAGCUGGCCGAGACCACAGACCCAGACAAGAAACAGAUGCUGGAGAGGCUGGACUCUGCCGUCGCUGCUGCUCUGGGACCCCUGCAGGGGGCGGUGGAGAGCAAGGCUGGGGAGGCUGACAUACAACGCCUGGCUCAGGUGUUACUGGAGAAGGCCAAAGACCUGCUGUCUGAUUGGUUGGAUGCUCAAUUUGGCAGUCAGGUGACCGAGAACUCCAUCUUCUCUCUUCUUCCAAAGUUCUGGGAAGGGGAGUACCACAACGACAUGGAUGCCUUGAAUGUCCUUCCCCCAGACUUCAUCCUUCUGGGUUCUUUUGAUUUUCCCGUCGGCAGGUACGAGUCCAACGGUUCAGUUUAUUUUGACACAGCCAAGUUUGCCACCAGCCAGAAGCACGCGUACGGCAAGCUGGUACCUGAGGCGGUCGGCGACAUGAAAGCUCUGCAGGAGGGAGAGGGAGAUCUGAGUGUCUCAGCAGACCAGCUCAGUGAGAAGAGGUCGCAGAAUGACUUUGCCCUGUGGAAGGCCUCUAAGCCAGGGGAGCCGUCCUGGGACUCACCCUGGGGAAAGGGUCGGCCUGGCUGGCAUAUCGAAUGUUCCGCUAUGGCUGGUUCCAUCUUGGGAGAGUCCAUGGACAUCCACGGGGGAGGGUUUGACCUCCGAUUCCCCCAUCACGAUAAUGAGUUGGCUCAGUCCGAGGCUUACUUUGAGAACGACCACUGGGUUCGCUACUUCCUGCACACUGGUCACCUGACCAUCGCAGGUUGCAAGAUGUCCAAAUCUCUCAAGAACUUCAUCACCAUCAAGGAUGCCCUGGCGAAGAACACAGCUCGGCAGCUCCGUCUAGCCUUCCUGAUGCAUUCCUGGAAGGACACCCUGGAUUACUCCUCCAACACCAUGGAGUCGGCUGUCCACUACGAGAAAUUCCUGAAUGAGUUUUUCCUCAACGUCAAAGACAUUCUGCGAGCUCCCUGUGACGUCACCGGACAGUUUGAGAAGUGGGAGGCAGCAGAGAUGGAGCUCAACGAGAGUUUCUAUGAGAGGAAGGCAGCAGUCCACGCGGCGCUGUGUGACAACGUGGACACGCGCAGCACCAUGGAGGAGAUGAGGGCGCUGGUAACCCAGAGCAACACCUACAUAGCCAGUAGGAAGAGCUCCAAACUGCAGCCCAACCGCAUGCUGAUGAAGAGCAUCGCUCUCUACCUGACUGACAUGCUCAAGACCUUCGGGGCCAUUGAAGGGACCGAGCCUAUUGGAUUCCCAGUGGGAGGAGAUGGUCACCAUGUGGAUAUGGAGACCACAGUGAUGCCCUAUCUGAAGGUGCUGUCAGACUUCAGAGAAUCUGUUCGCAAAAUUGCCAGAGAACAGAAUGUGACAGAGGUUCUACAGCUGUGUGACGUGGUCCGUAAUGACACCUUACCUGAGCUGGGGGUGCGUCUAGAAGACCAUGAAGGCCUUCCCACUGUGGUGAAGCUGGUGGACAAAGAGACCCUGCUGAGGGAGAGGAAUGAGAAAAAGAAGAUGGAGGACGAGAAGAAGAACAAGAAAGAGGAGGCUGCCAAGAAGAAGCAGGAGCAGGAGUUGGCCAAACUUGCGAAGAUGAAAAUCUCUCCUUGCGAUAUGUUCCGCUCUGAAACCGACAAGUAUUCCAGCUUUGAUGAGACGGGUUUCCCCACGCAUGACGUGGAGGGGAAGGAUCUCAGUAAGGGCCAGACCAAGAAGCUGCGGAAACUCCACGAGGCCCAGGAGAAACUGCACCAAGAGUAUCUCCAGACCAAUCAAAAUGGCUGCUGAGAGUCCUGGGCCACGUUCAGUUGUCAAACGUUCUCGAAUGUUGCAGAUGGUUACGCCACUAUUGUAGUCGACAUGAUUCCUUAAUCUACACGUCAGAGAGAAGCAUGUUUGUUCUACAUUGCAUAUUUCUAUCUGAACGUUCCCGAAACGUUGCGUCCUGCUGAACACGCCCCCUGGAGGACGCUGCUCCGCCCCCUCCCGCGCUCCGCCCAUAGCGAUAGUUCUGUCCUCAUUUGUCGUUAUUCAGUUCCUCAAUCAUUUUUUUAUUUUUUGCUAAAUCAACAAUUCCCUGCAUAUUAUGUGAGGGCUUGCAAAUUUGACCAAUCACCGCACUAUCUCCGAAUAAAGCAGUCAAAUCGUCACAAUAUUAUCGCAUAAAAUGUACCCAUCACCGCAGUACAAAAAGAGAGCUUGCAAUUUCAACCAAUCACCUCACAUUUACCGCGUAAUAUAGUUCAUUCAAGCCACACGACAAAACUUUCCCCUCAUCAGUGUAUUUUCCAGACCAAUUAGACUAAAUCAUCGUAUAUCACCUUGCAGAACUUUCCCCUCAUCAGUGUAUUUUCCAGACCAAUUAGACUAAAUCAUCGUAUAUCACCUUGCAGAACUUUCCCCUCAUCAGUGUAUUUUCCAGACCAAUUAGACUAAAUCAUUGUAUAUCACCUUGCAGAACUUUCCCCUCAUCAGUGUAUUUUCCAGACCAAUUAGACUAAAUCAUCGUAAAUCACCUUGCAGAAUUGCAGCGGCAAAAUAAAGCUUCUUUUUUUUUCUCUCAGAAAAUUCCACAAAACAACAAUCACUGUGAAUUCCUGGAGGGUCUGACUAUUGGUGAUGCUGAGGCCAGAGAGACCCUGGGUGUGUUUCAAUAGUCUAAAUAAUGAUCUCCUCGUCUCCUCUUAUCCUGAGUGGACAGGUCAGGACGGCGGAGGGUUAUUUUCUCUCUCCUCUCCACCUCUUUUACAUUAGAGCAGGUGAAAGGUGAGGAGAUGAAACUGCAUUCGACUAUUGAGGUGCAUCCACCCUCCCAGUGUUUUUAAGACCUUGAGACACAACCUGGGCUCCUUUGCACUGCACUCCAUGGGGUCACUUUUAAAGGGUUGGUUCAAUCAAAAUCAGUAAUGGAUACAUUUUUUGUUUUGUUUUUGUGAUUGACUGCAACUACAGUUCGGAUACAGUUUCUUUCACUUUUACAGCUACCACCAGCUAUGAUCGGUAUUGAUAACCUCAGUUUCACUUGUUUUAGCUUUAACUAAAUUGCGUGCCAAAAUGAACUCUGCGUAAAACCACGCCUGGGGGUAGUCGAUAGCGACGCUAAAGUGUGUCUGUGGUUGCUUUAGCAAAGUAAUAAUAACCUACUAUUUGUAGUUGUAGACACUCCCUGGCCCGACGACAACCUUGCAAGCUGAAGAAAAUGAUGACAUUCAGGUGAACUAUCCCUGUAGACAACAGUUUGUCUGUUGAAAGGGAAAAUGAGUCCUCUGAAACCCUUUGUGGGCCCAGGCUUCCAUGUGCUGUAGAUCGACUCGUCACACAGUGAUCGUUUUAGCUCUCCACUGCAAACUGCUAUUCAGGGCUGUUAUUGGUUGGCAGCGUGUCCUACAGCCGUCCAAUGAGGUUUCAUUUCCCUCUCUCCACCAUGACUGCAUAUCAUUCCUUUUUUAAAAUUCUGAUAUUAUGACUGAAAGGACAGUGAAGUUGAUACACAGUGGAGUUGAUACACAGUGAGGUUGAUACACAGUGAAGUUGAAUUAAUAUGCAGAAAUUAUCAUAGAAACAUCUGUUCCAGAGGCUUCCUUGGGGGUUUUGGUCUUUCACAUGACAAAAUAACAUGCUUUGGUGCAGGUGUUAGUUAGGCAUGUUGCAACGAUAGCAGAGGGAUGAGAAAUCUUCUAUAGGAAUAUGGAAUUUGUGAGACGUUGAAAUAAACAUUUAAAAUAAAGAUUUUUAACCAAA